AUGUCGGACCCGCUCUCCGUGGCGGGAACGGCCGUAGGCAUCGCAUCACUUGGUAUACAAGUCUGCCAAGGCCUUAUCAAGUACCUUCAAGCAGUAAACGACAGAAACGAAGAGAUCAGAGAUGCAGUCAGAGAUGUCAAGCAAGUCCUAUCAUUACUGGACAACCUGAACAACACGCUACCCAAUGUUUCUGAAUGGCCUAUCCACAAGAACCCCGAUGCUGUGAACGAAAUAUCACUAGAUCUGAAGAAUCAUGUCAAGAAUCAUGAUGACAAUUCAGCAGAUCUAAAAGACCAGAUACAGUCCAUGCAAAGUGCCAUAUCUGAUAUGCUCGUCGACACAAAGCAACAGCUCCAUGGGACACAGUUGUCUAUACAGGAUCUUGAUCAACGGAUCGAUGGGAAGCUGACGAUUGUCGAGACUGUUACGCGAUCGACUGAAACUAAUGGUCAAGUCGCAGUCGCCAUGCUGGAGAAGCUUACACAACUUGUGGAGUUUCAAUCAACCUUAACGUCAACCAUGAACUUGCAGGUUACUGGUGCUCCCAGUGUUCAAGAUAUUGGCGCCAACACGACCUACCAAAGCAAUUAUUCAACAGAGCUCUGCAACGAUAUGGCACCUGCGAGAAGUUCCAACAUGAGGCCAUGGCAAGGCUGUUACUGUGUCGCGGCCCUUCCAAAAUCAGUGAAAUCUUUCCGAGUUUGGAACUUGAGAUUUCAGUUUGAAGAACAAGAACACCACCUUCGAUCUUGCAAGCUAUGGGGCAUGAGAAAAGGCACGAAACGAACAGCUAAGGCUAAGAUUCGGAUGAAGCUAGCUUGGCUCUCUAUUCGGAUGAUUGAUGCCUGUUUCGAAUACGCGUCAGGCACCAGCAGACCUGGCCUUUCCAUCAGAUGCAGAAACAUUAUCCGCCGUAUGGAUAGCCCGGUUGUUACGGCAAUAUUGAAGGUCGAGAAUGAACUAGCGCAAUCCAACACACCGACGCAAAUGAUUCUAAUACUCAAGACAAUGGAACAUGAGAUACUAAAUCUCUACUCAAAAGGCUUAGCCUCACCGUUGGACACAACUGAGAACGGUGACACGCAUGCCGAGGUCAAUCUCUUGAAAACAACAAUCUGA